AUGAAUGUUCCCCGUGACCAGGGUCUUGGUCUCGAGCAAGUAAACGGGCUCUUCGUCGGCUCCGAAGGCACCCUGGGCAUCGUCACCGAGGCCACCCCGAAGCUCGCCGUGCUCCCGAAGCGCUAUUCUGUCGCCGUCGUGCCGUUCCCGACCAUCCACAAUGCCGUCCCGGCCGCCACGGCGGUGAUCCGGACCGGCGUCCCCGUGGCGGCCCUGGAGCUGAUGGACGAGACGCAGAUGCGCAUCGUGAACGAGGGCGGGAUGACCCGGCCCCGCGUCUGGCCGGAGAAGCCCACGCUCUUCUUCAAGUUCGGCGGAUCGAACGCCACCCUCGCGGAGACCAUCGGGCGAGUCCGCCAGAUCACGGAGGCCCGCCGCGCCGAGGGCUUUGAGUUCGCGCGCGACGACCGAGAACAGGCCCUCCUGUGGUCCGCCCGGAAGGAGUCGUUGUAUUCGCUUUUGGCGCUCCGCAAGGACGGGGGAAAGAUGUUGAACACCGACGUCGCCGUGCCGCUCAGCAAGCUCGCCGAUAUCAUCGUGGCGAGCAAAAAGGACGCCGCAGCCCUGGGGCUGAACGCCUGCGUGAAGGGCCACGUGGGCGAUGGCAACUUCCAUGAAAACAUCACGUACGACGCGUCCAAGCCCGACGAGGUCGAGAAGGCCCAGGCGGCCGUGGAAAGGAUGGUUCAGCGGGCGAUUGACAUGGAGGGCACCUGCACGGGCGAGCAUGGCAUUGGCUUUGGGAAAAAGAAAGCCCUGCAGCUCGAAUUGAGGGACGAGACUAUCAGCUUCAUGAAACUUCUAAAAGGCACCAUUGACCCCCACUGGAUCAUGAACCCUGGGAAGGUGGUUGUUCGUUAA